AUGACCGACAAAACCAAGAAUCAGAUAUUGUUCAACGACCAUAGUCGAGAUUUCCAAUUCGAAGAGUCCGAUGUGACCAUCCGAACUAGCGAUAAUGUGACUUUCAAAAUUCAUCGAUUCCGUCUGAUGGCCGUAAGCGCUGUGUUCCGUGAUAUGAUGGCUAUCGGUAGAGGACAUAAGGAGGAGCUGUGUCUCACGGAUGAAAGCUUUGAAGAUGCCUCGACUAUCGGAAAAUUUCUUUGUUUUUGUUACGGUAGAUCACUGGCAGUACCCGCAACGAAAUCGCAUAAACCUUACCAGAAGUUGAUAAAUCUGUGCAACAAGUACGAUUGUCCAGGUAUGCUUGCGCAGCUAGAAGCCCUGGUCUAUAAAUGGUACAUCGAGGAUCAUCUGGCUCCCAGAAAUGUCUUUGUGCUAGGCUGUUCCUUAAAUCAGCCAAAAUUAGCAAUAUAUGGUAUAACUCAUGCUGGUAGCUGGCGAUGGACAGCAAAUUCAAUGGAUAUAACAGAAGCUGAAAAAGCGAGAUCUAAAGAUCGUACUGCUAUUAUCAGUAGUGUUGUUGGGUGUAGCGUUAUGGAUCCAAGUGGGCUCGCUUAUCACGAUUUCAAGGAUAUGCCGGAUGCUUGGAAAUUCUCACUAAUUCGAGCCGCAUGGGGUAAGAUCAAGGACGGGGAGCUGAGUAAGACCGAUUGGAAGAAGAUAGCCGAAGAUUUCGAAAGAAUAUUUAAGAUGGUCAAUGGUGACUUGCCAUGUUGA